AGGACCAGGGGCCUCUCCAGCAUCUCUGUCCUUCCCCAGCCAUCGAGCUGAUAAAGGACCUGACCCACUAUGACGUGCGCUUGCCUCUGCUCAAGGGCCUUGUGGCUCUGCUUAUCCCACCAGUCAAGGAGACUUCCAGACUGCAGGCCAAGAUCUUCACUGACCCUUCGGUUCUCCAGAUCAGCACCCAGCUACCAGUGUUCUUGAAGCAGGCUGCAGCCGCCAAGACCAUUGGGAUCCUGGCACGCGAUGACUUGAAACUGGCAGAGGAGCUGCUGCACAUGCGUGUGGUCCACAGCCUGAUGUCAGCCAUGGGCAACACCGACCACAGCAACAGCCAGAGGCUGGCCAGCCUCACACUAGAGUUCUUUGUGCAAAUGUUCCCAUUGGUGGAGGAACAUGUCCGCAAGUCCAUGGGGGAGGAACUCUUCCAGCUCUUCCUUAACAACGCUGAGCUCCUGUACACAAAAAUAGAUAGCAUUCAGGCAGACAUCUUGGCGGCCAACAAGGUCAAUGUUACCAAAGCCUUACACCUCUGUGAAGGCUCCACCAACAGCUGCUUCAGCUUCUUCAUGGGCCCUGGAGACAUGAACGAGGUGGAGUACAUCGCCCACUUUGAGAGGCUUCCUUCAGAAUCCAAGGAGUGACAGACCCCUGUGGCAAACCAGCUUUGAAGAAAGUGCCGCUUGGUUCUGGGUGGGAAGCUGGGAGUUAGAAAAUGCAGUGGGGAGGGGGGCGUUGCUGCAGAAAAGUCUAAUAAAGAGUUUUGAUAGCUGUG